UUGUGAGUACCCAGCAGUUCAGCCGUAUUGCACGCACCUAACCCCUUAUUUUGCAAACAAUUUUUUCUACUCACCUCGACGGCUCGACUUCCUCUCACCGGCCGGCGGAAACAACAGUCCGACACAGAAGGAAAUUACAGGCAGCACGGCGGCACCGAAUAAUCUCUUCCUCCUUUCAGCUUUGCUCAAUUGAUAAACACUGUUAUUUAGAGAGUGAAUAAAUCAAGUCUUAGACAGAAAAGAUACAUAAAAAAAAGAACGCCCGCCAUUACGCCCCCACCAUUUCGCUGGAGAAAUUGGUAAUCUAUCGAAGACGGCAGCGACGUUAGUGGGACCAUUUUUCCGACGAAUUCUCCACAUUCUUUCCUUUAGUACCGUCACUUAUCUCGCCUCUGACUUUGCCGGAGCUCGUUGGUUCAAGGUGAGACGUCAUGGUGGGAUUUAAAAAUAGAUACAUGGUGCUAGAAAUAUUUCUAGAUCCAAACAAGGAUCUGAUGGUGGAUGAUCCUGUUAUUGUUACCCAGUUCAAUGUGUCGAAAGCAAUUAAAGACAGCAUUCUUGUAAAUUUUGGGGAGUGUGGCCUGGCUUCUUCACUUGGAUCCUUCCAAGUGAAGUAUGUGAAUCCAAUUACAAAGUUGUGUAUGGUACGAACAUCAAGGGAGGACUACCAGAAAGUCUGGUGUGCAAUUACCAUGGUUUCAAGCAUUGGAAACUGCCCUGCUUUAUUUAAUUUGCUUGAUCUAAGUGGGAGUAUCAAAGCCUGCAGAAAGGCUACGUUGAGUUGCGAAGAAGCAAAAUUUGAGCAGUAUAAGCUUGCAAAGGGAGGUCAAGUUACAGAUGAGUUGAAUCGGCAAAUGCAGAACUUUCUCGAGAGGAUUAAAGUACUUGAACAUUAGUGUUCUUUUAAGGUAGGUAAGGGAAGGUUCUGCGAAGGCGCCGGAACCGGCACUGUCAAGUCAGCCAAAAUUAUCAUACAAGGUCCUUUGGGAGAGGGCGGGACCGCGGGAGGAAUCCGCCAGGCCCGGCCCUGGGCAUAGGCGAGGGGUGCGACGGCCUAGGACCCAGGGCCGAAAGGGGACUAUCUGCGUCCAGUUAUUUUUUAUACGUAUUAUAAGGACAACUUUUAUGUAAGACCGCCUUACCGGAAAGACCACUUUGAUUGCUUAACUAAUUGAUUUCAUUGUUUAACUAAUUAGUUUUAGUGCUUAACUAAUUAGUUUUAGUGUUUAACUAAAUAUUUCCAAUGUUUAACUAAUUAGUUUCAAUGCUUAACUAAUUGCUUUCAUUGCUUAACUUAUAUGACAACGAGGUGGUCUUUCUUGUAAGACCGCCUUAUGUAAAAGUUUGUAGUAUUAUAAACGCAAUGAAUCUAACAUAAAUGAUUAUGUGGCUCAAUGGUA